UGCACGCGCUGCGCAGAGAAAUUCAAGAAAACGUCACAACCGAGGAGAGAGAGAGAGAGAGAGGGAGGAAGGGAGGGAGAACGAGAGAGAGAGAGGGACAGACAACGAGGGAGGAUAUAUUGAUACAAAACGACGGUGGUUUCUCUUCAGUGUGUGUGAGAGAGACCAUGAGUGGAGACAAGAUGGAGCGCUGGAACAGAUGAAGACUGUCAUUGGUUCUUUCAAGUGGUCCCAAUGAGCGUCUCCAAACCACCUCCGCCCCAGUCCCAUUUCCCCCCCAACAACACCACCUCCCACCUCCCCCUCCCUCCGUCCUCCUCGUCCACCCCGUCUCCCUCCACGCCUCCGUCAGCGGCGGGACCCCCGAGCCCAGCAGUGCCUCCUCCACCCUCUCCAGUCAAGAUCUCCAUGCAGGAGCAUUUCGCCAUCAAUGUGUGUCCCGGGCCAAUCCUCCCUAUCCCACAGAUUUCCGACUUCUUCCCUCGCUUCCACGACUUCCCCAUCACGCCCCCUCCACCCCGGGAGAAGCAGGUCUUAAAGGACAAAGACAAGGACGGAGACAGAGAUGGAGAGAAAGACCGCAAAAGGGAGAGAGAGCAAGAGGAGAACGGAGAGUUCGCCGACUCAGAUGACGAUGACACCUACCUGGGAACUUUGGAGUUCAACCUGCUAUUUGACCAAGAAAAUAACUGCUUGCACUGCACCAUCCACAAGGCCAAGGGACUGAAGGCCAUGGACUCCAAUGGACUGGCUGAUCCAUAUGUGAAACUCCACCUCCUGCCUGGAGCAAGCAAGGCAAAUAAACUGCGCACUAAGACUUUAAAGAACACGCUGAAUCCAGUGUGGAAUGAGACACUCAUCUAUCACGGCAUCACGGCUGCCGACAUGACCACCAAAACCCUCAGGCUGUGUGUGUGUGAUAUGGAUCGCUUAGGACGGAAUGAGUUCAUAGGUGAGGUCAGGGUGGCCCUCAAGAAACUGAAGGAGGGAGAGAGCAAGAAAUACAACAUGGGGCUUGAGAGAAUCGCACAGACCCGGGAGGGGAACAGCCAGGCAGUGGAUCCUGCGGCUCCUGUUGCAGAGGAGGAGCGUGGCCGAAUCCUGGUCUCUCUGCUGUACAACACCGAGAAGAACACAUUGGUUGUGGGAAUUAUUCGCUGUGCUCACCUGGCAGCCAUGGAUUCAAAUGGCUACUCAGAUCCCUUUGUCAAAAUUGUUUUGCAGCCUGACAUGGGAAAGAAGUCCAAAUAUAAAACCUCAGUGAAGAAGAAGACUCUAAACCCGGAGUUUAACGAGGAGUUUUCCUAUGAUGUCCCACAUGAUCAGCUCGCCAAGAAAACCCUGGAGAUCUCAGUCUGGGAUUAUGACCUGGGCAUGAGCAAUGACUUCAUAGGUGGAGUUGAAUUGGGGAUUAACGCCAAAGGAGACAGACUGAAACACUGGUUCGAGUGUCUAAAAUACAAAGGAAAAAAAGUGGAAUACUGGCACACACUGACACAGCAAGGAGCCCCGAGCAGUGACUAACACACACA